AUGGCAGGAGACUACGACCCCGUCUCCCCCGAGGAACACCGACGAGGGGUCGCCCUCCCCGAAGACGAUGCGACAGUGAGGGAGUCCUUCGAAUCCACCGGCUCUGGUUCCGACAUUGUCUACAGAGACCACCUCGACGAGGACCCGUUUGAUGAGAAGACUCACCACCGCCAGGGUAGCUACGACCACGAGGAUGGUAUAGGAUACCCCGUCGAGCCCACCCGGAUACGCCCGCGAAAGUCGUCCUCGCGAAGAAUCCUCGCCGCCCUCGUCCUCAUUGUCGGCGGAGCUGCUGCGAUCGGUGUCCUGGCCGCAAUCGGCUACCAGACCCCAACCGUCAAGCGCGGCUCGCAGCACAUCACCCUCGACCACAUCUACAACGGCACCUUCACCCCCAAGUCGCAGCGUCUCUCAUGGGUUUCUGAGGCCGCGGACGGUACCUUCUCCCGGAUCGACGAUGACAACAAUAUCCUGCUGCUCACGGCGCAGCAGCGGAACAAGACCGAGGUCCUUGUCAAGGCCGAGGAUGUCAAGGACCCGCGGACGGGCAAGACGCUCGAGUGGGAUGACUGGCAGCUUAGCGCGGACAUGGACAAGCCCAAGGCGACUCGCGUGACGUUUGACGGCUCGGAUGUGGUCUUCAACGGCGUUCCCGACUGGGUGUACGAGGAGGAGGUCUUCUCCACCGAUGGAGCGCUCUGGUGGAGCCCGCAGGCAGACACGAUCGCCUAUCUGCGCAGCAACGAGAGCGCCGUCGAGAUCUACGACCUGCAGAUCUUCAACCCGACCAAUGACGCGUUCAACAUCAACCCGUACACGAGCACUGUGCAGAUGCGGUACCCGAAGCCGGGAACGCCGAACCCGCUCGUCUCGGUGCACACAUUCUCUCUGACUCGUUUCGAGCACGCCUCUGCGAACGGUGUCGCUUCCUCUGCUGCCGUGUCGCAGGCCAAGUCGACACUGACCUGGCCGGACGAGUACCCGCAGGACGACCGGAUCAUCACCGAAGUCGGUUGGGUCGGGAACGAUACGCUGCUCGUGAAGGAGGUCGACCGGCCAUCGCGCAAAGGACACGUUGCCGUGUUCACGGGCGGCAAGAGCGUCGGCGAGGUCACGCGCAAGCUGGGCAAGGAGGGGGAGCAGGGCGACGACGGGUGGAUCGACCACGGGCAGAACAUUGUCAAGAUCGAGACGCGUGCCGACGGUUCUGGCAUCGACGGAUACCUCGACAUCGUCCCUAAUGCGGACGGGUACGACCACAUUGCGCUCUAUGCGCCCGUCACGGCCAGCAAGCCCGUGUGGGUCACCGAGGGAGAGUGGGAGGUGACGUCCAUCGCGGGUGUGGACCGCGAGAAGGGCGUUGCGUACUUUGUCGCCGCCAACCCCUCGAUCGACAGGCACCUGUACGCCGUGACUUUGCCCUCCUCUCCGUCGCUGGUCGGAUACAAGCCCGAGAUGACGCCGCUGACGGACGUGAACGUGCCGGGGUACUACGACGUGUCCUUCUCGCCCUCAGCGGGCUUCUACAGCCUAAACUACCGCGGCCCCAACAUUCCCUGGCAGCGUCUGAAAUCGACCGACGAGACCCUCGACGUGGUGCUCGAGGACAAUGCCGCGCUGAACGCGACGAUUGCCGAGUUCCACCAGCCCGUCGAGAUCCGCUCCACGCUCAACCACGCCGGCAACGAGCUCAACAUGAUGACCGUCCUCCCGCCCAACCUAGACCCGAGCGGACGCAAGCACUACCCCCUCUUCAUCAACAUGUACGCCGGUCCCGGGUCUCAGACGGUGGACAACCGGUGGAAAAUCGACUGGUUCUCCUUCCUAGCCUGUGAGCACAAGUACGUCAUUGCGCGCAUCGACGGCAGAGGAACGGGGUUCAAGGGCCGCAAGCUGCGCAACCCCGUCAUGGACAAUCUGGGCCAGCUCGAGGCCGAGGAUCAAGCAGCGCUAGCGCGGGAGAUGAUCAAGCGGAAAUUCGUCGACCGGAGUCGUGCGGGCCUCUUUGGCUGGAGUUAUGGCGGGUACGCGACCGCCAAAACCCUCGAAGCGUAUCCCGACCUCUUCACGGCCGGCAUCUCCGUCGCGCCCGUGACAGACUGGCGGUUCUACGAUUCGGUCUACACCGAGCGGUACAUGAACACGCUGUCCGCCAAUGUGGCAGGAUACCAGAACAGCAGCGUGCACAACGUGACGGCGUUCCAGGGUCAGGACUGGCUGCUCGCCCACGGGACGGGGGACGAUAAUGUGCACUAUGCGAAUAUGGCGAGUCUGGUGGAUAAGUUGACGCAGGAGCGGAUUCGCGGGUGGAGCAUGCGCGUGUUCACCGACAGCGACCACAGUAUCAACACGCGCGGGGCGAAUCGGGAGCUGUACGAGUGGAUGACGGAGCAUCUGUUGAAGAGCUGGGGCAAGGGAGGCAAUAUCAAGCACUAG